AUGGUGUCGACCAAGUGCCGCAUCGCCGACUGCCCGCGCUUCAGCCAAGGCGGCGGUCUCUGCAUCGGGCACGGAGGCGGCCGCGUGUGCAAGUUCGACGGCUGCGGAGCCAGCGCGCAAGCGCAAGGCUUUUGCUCCAAGCACGGUGGCAAGAAGCUCUGCGCACGGCGGGAGCCGUACUUGCACACAUCCAGGAUGUACCAACAAAGACGUCGGGCGCGGCUUUGCGUCUCGCACGGCGGCGGCACGAAGUGCGCGAUGGCCGGCUGCGACAAGGUCGAGCGCGGCGGCGGCUACUGCAAGGCCCAUGGCGGAGGCAAGCGCUGCUCGAGAGAAGAGUGCAAUGCGUGGGCGCCGCAUGGCGGCCUCUGCCCGACACACAAGUACGAGCCGCCGCCGCCGCCGACACCAAUGCCCGAGCCGCUCCGGUUUCUCUGCCAACACAACAAGUGUCCAAAGAUUGACCUCGGGAAUGGCUUUUGCAAGGAGCACGGCGGAAAGCGCCAAUGCAUGCGCGAAGGUUGCAACAAGGCGCAACAAUCCAAGAAACUCUGUCGCGAACACGGCGGCAGUCGGCUCUGCACGGUGGACGGGUGCACCAAGACGGCGCAGUACCUCCAGCUCUGCAAGGGCCACGGAGGCAAGCGCAAGUGCACCAUCGAGGGCUGUGAGAACGCGGUGAAAACGGCCGGCCAUUGCAUUCGCCACGGCGGUGGCACUAAGUGCCACACGGACGGCUGCAAGGGCGUCGACCGAGGCGGCGGCCACUGCAAGGCCCACGGCGGUGGGAAAAAGUGCGGCGACACCGAGUGCCGAAAGUGGGUGCUCGGAGGCGGCUUUUGUCCGGACCACGUCCCAGGCGUCGCGCCGGCGCCGAUGCCAGCGCGCCCGAUCAAGGUGCCCACCAAGCACAUCUCCAAGUCGCAGCGCGCGCCGGCGCGGCCGCACUUGCCUCAGCAGCACAACAUGCUCUCUACCCACGACGUCGAGCCGUACUCCCACCACCAUGCAGCCAUGUACAAUCAUCCGCACCAGCAUCACCACCCACAAGCACCCUCGUAUUCCCAGCCGCGACCGCAGCAGCUACCCCGUCACCACCACCACCACCACCCGACGCACCACGAGCAUGCCGAGGUGAUGACGUAUUCGAUGCACUCGUACGCGCAGAGCUACCCGCCGCCCAUGCAGCAGCUCGCGUACCAGACGUACCUCGACAACCUGCACAUAAUCUAG